GCCCGCUGUUAUCCGCUACAUUCAAAUGAGUUAUUUGAGUAUCACUCUCGAUUUAGGAUCAAAAGAUUUUAAAUUUAGGUCUUAGCAAUGCGACUUUCCCCGUCAUUUUAAUUUCCCUUCCUCCAUCCCUUUGUACGUAUAUUUAUGGUUCUUAUUUGCAAAAAAAAACAAUAAAGAAAAGCCCUCGAUCCCACUUGUCUUUCUCAAACAAGUCCCGUCUUAACGAGCAAUCAGACGAGCCUGGGGUGUAGUCCCUUAAAGAAAAAUACAUCCUAAGCACCACGGAGAGACGCGGAUAUACGGGAAGAAUGCGUUCCAACUGCUUACAUAUAUAUACAUAUAUAUAUAUAUAUAUAUAUGUACACAUACGUUAAGGAAGAGAACUUGCAAAAUCAUCCCACUAGAUCAUUCGCGCAGAGUCCUGCAAUCUGGAAGGAGGAAACCAUGUUGGCCGGACGAGUCCGUAUUUGUAUCCACAGUCUCCAUCUCCUCAUGAUAUGCACUGUCGUAAGCUCGAGUCCCCCGGAAGAUACUGUGAAGUGCCCUUCCUCCACAAAUAAUAACAACUGCACCGUCACGAAUUCAUUCGGGGAGUUCCCAGAUCGAAGCACGUGCAGGGUUGGAAAUGUGACUUUCCCAAGGUCGGAGGAAGAGGUCAUGUUGGCAGUUGCAGCAGCGACAAAGGCCGGAAGGAAAAUGAAAGUGGCGACUCGGUAUUCUCACAGCAUCCCUAAGAUGGUCUGCUCUGACGGGGACAAUGGCCUGCUCAUAAGCACCAAGUAUCUCAACCGAGUGUUGAAGGUGGACGCCGCGUCCAUGACUAUAAGCGUACAGGGUGGGGUCACUCUGAGGCAGGUUAUAGACGAGGCGGCCAAGGCCGGCCUGGCGCUGCCCUACACGCCUUACUGGUGGGGCCUCACGGUGGGUGGGCUGAUGGCCACAGGGGCACAUGGCAGCUCUCUGUGGGGCAGGGGAAGCACCGUUCAUGACUAUGCCGAGGAGAUCACAAUCGUCACCCCCGCAGCGGCUCCAUACGGUUAUGCUAUGCUCAGGAAGCUCAAUUCGACGCAUUCGGAUUUUAAUGCUGUUAAAGUCACACUUGGCGUUCUUGGCGUUGUUACUCAGGUGAAACUAAAGUUGGAGCCCCUCUUUAAGCGGUCCGUAACUUACGCUGUGAGGAACGACUCUGACCUCGCGGAUGAAGCUGCGGUUUUUGGCAAUAAACAUGAGUUUGCAGACAUAACAUGGUACCCGAGCCAACGCAAGGCAGUCUAUCGGUUGGACGAUCGUGUUCCACUCAACACACCCGGCAAUGGCCUGUACAAUUUUAUCGCGUUUAGAGCCACCCUCUCGCUCGCAUUAGGAUCUAGCCGAUCCACAGAGGAAACUCAAGAAUUAAGGAAUGACGCGGACGGGAAGUGCUCCAAUGCAAAGCUAACCACAAGUGCACUCUUGACCGCGGCAUAUGGACUUACCAAUGACGGUGUGUUAUUCACCCGAUAUCCGGUGAUUGGAUAUCAAAAUCAGCUCCAAUCGUCAGGGUAUUGCCUCGAUAGCCUCCAAGACGCCUGGAUCACGGCAUGCCCAUGGGACCCUAAAGUGAAAGGCCAGUUCAUCCACCGCACCACAUUCAGCAUUGGCAUGUCCGUGGUCAAGAGCUUCAUCCAAGACGUGCAGAAGCUGGUCGACAUGGAGCCCAGGUCCCUGUGUGGGACGGAACUCUAUAAUGGCAUUCUCAUGAGAUAUGUGAAAGCCUCACCUGCGUAUCUUGGCAAGCAGGAGGACGCAGUUGACUUUGACAUCACAUACUAUAGGAGUAAGGACCCCUUGAGCCCCAGGAUGUACGAGGACAUACUUGAAGAGAUUGAGCAGAUGGCAAUCUUCAAGUAUGGCGCCCUGCCCCACUGGGGUAAGAAUCGAAAUUUGGCAUUCCUUGGGGUAAUCAGAAAAUACAGGAAGGCAGCGGAAUUUCUCAAGGUAAAAGAUGUUUACGAUCCAUCAGGGCUCUUCUCGAGUGAGUGGACCGAUCAGAUUCUUGGGCUAAGGGAGGGGGUGACAAUAACCAAGGAGGGAUGUGCAUUGGAAGGCCUAUGCAUUUGCUCUCAAGACAUUCACUGCGCACCGAACAAGGGCUACUUUUGCAGACCCGGCAGAGUGUUCAGCAAUGCUAGAGUAUGCAGAAAUGUAACUUCGAAGAAGCAUUAACUCCAGUUGCCUUAUAGCAAACUCCAUAUGGUUGCCGAUUACGUUGUAGCGCACGACUAAUACAUAAUGUAAUGUUCAUGAAUAUCGCCUAAUUUCCUUAUAGCAAACUCCAUACGAUGUUGGAAGAAUGGAUCAGUCGUAGAUCUAUGUUGUGUCUAUCUAUAUGUUAAAGCUGUCUGUGUUGUAUGCAAGUUGGUUAAGUCGAA